AAUCAUGGGUCAGACUCUGAUUUGGAUGAGAGUCCAGGACCCCUAGUAUGGGCUCCACUCCAGCUCUCUCCUUUGAUCAGAGGAGAACUGGAAGGACAUAUGUCUCAGAAGGUUUCUACUUUGGGACAACAAGUGAUGCCUCUGCCUGUGAAGAAAUCCUGGAACAUACUCAAUCAUUUCAUGGAUGUACAAGGAGUCCCUGAAGAAGAGCUCCCGAAAACUCAGUUACCUACACUCAUCCCUCAGAGUGUUGAGCAAAAUACCAACACAUCUCCAGAUCCUCCAUCAUUUCAUCUCCACAUGAACAUUGGGGUGAAUUCUGAAGUCCAUAGGACGGAAGCAAUCAUUUCACAGCCAUUUCCCUCAAACAGGCAGUCACAACCCGAGGAUGACCGCCAAGAACUUUAGAUAGAAUCCUUUAGUUAUAUCAACGGGCACACCAUCUCCCAGAAAUUUAGGAGUUAACAUAAUUCAGGAAGAACAAGCUUUAGUGAAAAAGGAUUCAAAGCAUGUGUUAGAGCUGAAUAUAGAGCAGAGGGUCAUAGGUCUUCCAGAAAAAAAGGGUACAGACACAUAAGGCCCAAUUAACUAAUGUGGAGCUGACACCCAAGACACCACGUUCAGCCACUGACAGAAUAAAGGUCACUCCAUUGGCAUUGCUUCAGGUUAUGGACUUAAUGGCAGUAACCCCAGAAUCACAGUCGGAGCUGAUAGACUCUGUGGGGUUUUCCCCAGAGCCGCCAAAUCAAGCAGAAACAGUGAGUGUAACUUCUCAGCCAUUGAAACUAGUAGUUGAACCAAUAAAAGUAACCCAUCUUCAGCAUCAAACCACGGAAUUAAAGAGCAUGGCCUCAAGACUGAGUCAAGUCACAGAUGACCUGGAGGUAACUCCUGUGGCAUUGUUUCACGUCACGGAUUCCAUGGAGAUGAUUGACAAAUUAAGUCCACAUGGCAUAGAACCAGUAGGAGUAGCCCCACAGCCACAAUACCAAGUCAUGGAAUUAGUGAAGAUGGAUACAUUGCAUAACUAUCAAGCCAUAAGACCAGGAAGUAUGAGCACACCACUACAAAUUGUAGAGCCUCAAACCAAAGAGUCUCUGCAAUUGACUUCUGGGUUACAGGGUCAAGUUGAAGACUCCGUGGAGACUAUGCCACAACCUCAAGGCACAGAGUGUGUGUCACUGACUCCAAAGUCACAUCAUCAAAUAAUGGAAUCCAGGAAAACAAUCCCAGCACCACCAGAUCAAGGUGCAGUACCUAUAGGAAGGGGCCAAAAGCAUCAAGUUCCAGAAGCUGAAGUAGUGCCAGUCAUACCACUGCUACAGGAAAUGGAAUAUUUGGGGGGGGGAGCACAAUCCCACAGCCUAAGGUGAGGGAUUCAAUGGACUUUCCCCCAGAACUAAAGAAUGUAAAAUCUGAGCACCUAAUCCCAGAUCCAAGAUUGCAAACUGUGAAAUCUGUGGACAUAACCAUAGAUUAGUCCCAGAAAUGGAAAAAUACGGACCACCAACCUCAACAGUGGUAUGUAUAGAUUUGGCCCCAGAACUGCAUCAGCAGAUCACACCAUACACAUACACAAUAUGAGGAAUUAACCCCCAUACCACAACUGCAAAGUGAGACAUCUGUGUCAUCGGCCCCUGAGUCUCAGUUUCGAGAUGUGAAAUCUGGCCAACUGACAGUUGAACCACAACACCAAACCAAAAAGUCUGCUGCACAGAUUUUUUGCAAAAUAAUAAAUCAGUACAUUGGAUCCCCGAUUAUCAGUCUCAAGGAAUGGAAGAAGCUCUUUCAGCCCUAUCACAGGACAUACAAGGAGAUAUAAAAAUGGUGGAGUUGACUCCAAGACCAUCACUUGAAGAUAUAAAAUCUGUGAACUUGGCCCCAUGUUCACAAAGCACCAGCUCUGAUAAGAUAGCCCCUGUACCAUUGCUUGAGGAUACAGAGACUCCAUUGGUAGAAGGUAGGAGUCUAAUUCCUGAGGCACUGGUGGAGAGUAUGGAAGUUGGUGAACUGAUCCCAAGCACACACUUUUAUGUAACAAAAUCUUUUGAAGCCACCCCCAAACCAAGUUAUCAUUUCCUAGAACCUAAAGGACUGACCCUACAGCAUCCAACCUCAGAAGCAAGGGUGACCUCUGAACCUUGCCGGCAGGUGGAAGAAUCUGCUCCGUUGCCACAAUCAUCAUUAGGGAUGACUCCAGCACCAUUGAGCCAGACCUCAGAAUCUGUGGAGAUGAGCUCACCACCACUCCAAGAUCUCUUGAACCUGGUUGUUCAAGUUGUAAAAGAGAUGGAAGAGACUCCAGAAUCAGGAAGUGCAAUUAAAGAUACUCUGGAUUUGCUACUAGAUUCAGAAGUGCAAACUAUGACCUCAGGAGUGAUGGCCCCAGAGCCACAGCCCCCAGAUGUGAAGUUUGUUCAGGUGCCUCCAGAACCGUGUGCAGAAGUUACUAACCCAUCGGAAAGAACUCUGAAACCAGAACAUGAAGACACAGAGACCUUCAGAUUGACAGUCUCUAAAGUCGAUGAUACCCAGGGAACUGUCAUAGACCUGUAUUCAGAAGUGAGAUCUCUGGAGUUUAGUCUAGAACCAGGAGUGCAAGGUGAGAAAUCAGAGUCCUUUGCCCAAAAUUUGGAGUCUGCAGAAGUAAUCACCGAACCACCCUUACAAGUUGUGGAACCUACAGGACUAACUGCAGGACCCAAACCACAUAUUAAAGAUGUGAUCCCAAGGCCACAGCUCCAAGAAGUAAAGUCUAGGCAAAUGGAUAGAGAAUCACAGUUGCAAAAUGAGAACUCUGUAAAUGUAAUACAACUGUCAUCUGCAGGAGAGGUAGAUCCUGAAAAGACAAAACCAGAGCCACGUCUACAAAGUUUAUCACCGAAGGAACGGAUUGAGGGAACAAAUGUGAAAUCUGUGGAUUUAAAUCUAGGCCCACAGCAGCCAAGUGUCAAAUCAGAAUUAAUUUCAGGGCCAAAAUUGCAAAGUGUCCAGUUUCCAAUGUUAUAUCAAGGGCUACUUCUUCAAGGGGAAAACCCAGCAAAUUUCAUCUCAGGCCUCCCACAUUAUGGUGUGAAAUCUCAUGAUGAAAUUUCAUGUUUCCUGGGGCCAGAAACCCCAUCAUCAGAUUUUAUCCUGGGGCCAAAGCUUCCAGAACCACAGCCACAACCACAACCACAACCUGGGAAGCCAGUAGACGUAAACAUAAGACCAUGCUUGCAACAUGUGAGAUUCUCUGAUGCGAUCCCAGAGCCCAAGCACCAAGAUUUCAAAUGUGUACAGUUCAUGCCAGGUGUUGAGCUUCAAGAUAGGAAGCCUCAGGGAUUGAUGCCAGAAUCGUUUUUGCCAUUAAGCCAAGAGACACAGGUUCAAGAUAAGAAGCUUGUGUUGCCUCCGGAAGUAUCAGAGUUUUGCAGCAUGAAACGUCUAAUCCCAGCCUCUGAACUACAACAUCCAAGAGUGAUAGCUAAGCAGGUCAAUCCAGGACUGUGGCACCAAGAUACCAAAUUUUCUGGGUUGGCUUCUAGGCCGAAACUAUCAGGGGUCAGAUUAGGGGAGCAAACUCCAGGAUCAUUGUCUCAUGGUAUGAGUCCUAUGACUCCAGAGUUAGGGAUACAUGAUCCCAAAUCAGCAAAGGCGACUCCAGGGCUACAAGACACAAGGCAGGUGAGUUUUAACUCGGGGCCAUGGCUGCAGGAUGUCAAAUUUUUUGAUGUAAUUCCAGGAACUCAACCUCAAGGUGUGAAGACUUCAGAGUUAAACUCAGGACCGCAGUUAGAGUGUGUAAAAAUAUUUGAGUUGACCACACAGCCAGAGAGGCAAGGAAUGAAGCCAGAGUUAAUAGUAAAAGAGUCACCCUUUAAAGAUAUAAAAUAUGUCACAAGGAAUCUAGUACCAAACUUUGAAGGCAAAAUGUCUUAUAAACUAGCAUCUGAACUACAGAUACCAAAAGCAGAAUCAAAGAAACUGACUCCUGGGAAACACUUAGCAGGUGUAGAUCAUUCUGAGUUGAUCAGAAGAACACAGGCACAAGGUGUAGAAUCUUCUACAUUGAUCCACAGACAACAUUUGGAACAUAUAAAACCUGUAGAGAAGAUCAUAGCCUCAAAGCAAGAAGAGUUAACGCCAGGGCCUCAUUUGGAAGACAGGAAAUCUAUGGAGUUAAGGUCAAAGUCAGAGCUGGGGAAAGUCAAAUCUAUGCUGUCAACCCCGGGGAUACAAGCAGGAGAUAAGGAACGUGAGGAGUUGCCUCUGGGCUCCAACUUGAAAGGUUUAAAAUAUGAGUUACCACCUUCAGGACCACAGUUAGAAGACAGGAAACCUGCAGUCUUAACUCUAGGACAAUGUCUAGAGAGGAUAAAAUCUACAGUGAUAUCCCCAAGUAGUUCCCAGUUAGAUGGUAUGAAAUCUGUAAAGCUGAUUCCAGGUUCAAGAAUUCAAGAUUUGAUAACUGUGGGGUUGGCCUGUUAUGCACGUGUUCAAGAUGUAAAUGCCAUGGGCUUAGAACUUGAACCAAAGAAGCAAGGGGAGAGUCCCGUGACUUUUGUACCAGGGAUGCUGUUUCAAGACAAGCCUAUGGAGGUGUUGCAAGGGCCUUAUCUACAAGAUGUAAAACCCAAGGAACUGACUUCACCGCCACAAACACAAGAUAGCAAACGUGUGAUUAUCUCAUGUCUGAAGCAGCAAAGUCUAAAACCUGUGAAUAGAGCCAAAACACAAGGGAUCCAAGGAGUAAAAUUCAUGGAUUUAGUCUCAACACAACAGUAUCAAGGGAGGGCACCCAUGGAUUUAACUCUUGAGCCCGGACAGGAUGACCACAUAAGCUCAACAGAGUGGAAAGGUGGGAUGUUCAGCCACCUGAACAAACAGUUGGAGUCGGAAGAUAUGUUGUCUGUGGGGUCAGAUCAAGAACCCAAACCUGCAGGUAGAAAACCCAUAGAGCUCACCUCUAAAGUACAAAGUAAAGAUGCACCCUCAUUUGAAUUGGCUCCUGAACCAGUUGUUCAUAAGGUAAAAGCUCAAGAGGGCCAAUAUGGGCCACAGGUGCCAAGUAUGAGACCUUGUCCAUUGACGCCAGAAUCACAGGUGUACCAAGUGAAAGACUUGGAGCCAAUGUUAGAGCCACCGCUUCAAGAUGGGAGAACUGUGGCACUAAAUACUGAACCACAAAUUGGAGGUACAAAAUCUGUGCAGUGGAUUCCAGUAUCUGAGUUUCAAAGGGAGAAAUGUAUAGGGUCAAACUUUAGGUUACAGUCUCAGAGUGCCAGCCCUACAGAAUUGAAGCCGUCUACACAACGGAGAGGUGUGAGGUCAUCUGAGUUGACUGUCAGGUCAAAAAUUCAAGGAGAAAAAUCCGGAGAGUUUCAUCUUGAGUCACAGUUACAGCAAGUAAAAACCUCUGCGUUAGCACUAGGGCUGCAGAAAACUAAAACUUUGAACAAAACUUCUGAGCCACAGCCUCAAGGGAUCAAAACUGAUCAGCUAAACAAAGAGACACAGGUAGAAAGAUCCAUCCAGUGGACACCAAGACCUGAUAUGUAUGUGACAUUUUUACAAUUCAAUAGUGGGUCACCAUCUCCAGGUGUCGAAUCUACAGAAGGGAAACCAUCCAUACAGCUGAGAGGUGGGAAGACAUCAGAGAUGGCUCUAGGGCCAAAACCUCAAGGAAAAAAAUCCGUGGAUUUUAACCUUGAGCCACAAGUACAGUGUGUGAAGACCCUUGAGUUGUCCCCAGGACCAGAGCUACAAGAAGGGGAAAACAUCACAUCAACCUCAGAGCUACAGUCUCAGUGUGUGAAAAGUGUGGCAUUACUUCAGGGACCACAGCUUGAAAAUACAAAAUCUGAUCUUUGGAUACCACUGUCUAUCAAGUUAAUAGCUCUACACUGAGUCUUAGGUUACCACCUCAGGAUGUCACAGCUAAAGAGUUAAAACCCUCAGUACAACUAGAUGUGAAGACAUCCGAUCAGUUGACUACGAGGCUGAAGUCACAAGGUAAACAACCUUCAGGGUCAACCCAGGAACAUCAGUCUCAGAGGUCCAAAAGUAUUGAUUUUAACUCUGAGCAACAGUUUAGAAAUACGAAAGCAUGUGACCCAAACUUAAGGUCAAAAUCAAUAAUAUAAAAUUGAUAUUGAAACCCAGGUUUUGCUUAGAAGACAGGAGCUCUCCUGGAUUAAACCCUGGAAUACAGCCACAAGCAGUGAAUCCCUUAGUGUCAUCCCCAGGAACACAGCCUCAAACUGUGACACCUUCAGUGUUUAAACAAGAGUCACAGUCCUCAGAAGUGAAAUAUGGAGCAAUAAGCCAAAGGCCACAAUCACAAAACAAUGUAGAGUUGAAAUGUGGAAAAUCUUCUGAGCUGGCACUUCAGACAAAGCCUCGAGGUAUGAAAUCUGAGAAGAGCUCCGGGUCCCAGUGGCAACGUGCAAAAUGUUCUGACUUGACACCUGAAACAGAGUCCCCAAAUAUGAAAUGUACUAAGUUAAGUUGCAGCUCACAGAUGAAAGGUAAACCAUGUAUUUAAGUUAGCUACGGGUACCAAAACUCAACGUGUCAAACUAGGCUGUAAACCUGGGCCACAGUGGCAAGGUAUAAAAUCUAACUCAUUUCUGAGGACAAAGCCUCAAGAAAUGGAAAUGGAAGACUGGGAACCAGGCCCGCAGUUACAAGAUCUGAAAUCUUCAAGGACAAUCAUGGGUAUAAAGGUCCAUGAUGUCAUGUCUGUGGGCUUUGGUCCUGGACCACACUUACAAGGUAUGACCUCUGAAGUCAUUACAGGGAAGAGGGUUCAUGGUAUGAAAUCUGUAGAAAUCAAACCUAGUUCAAAGUUACAAGGUAAGAAACAUGAUUUCACCCCAGGAAGAUGUUCUUAGGUACAAAAUCUGUAGAGCUGGACUCAGGCCCCCCUUUACAAGAUUUGAAAUAUCCUGGGCAAGAAACUUCAAGGUGUGAACUCUAUGGGACAACAUGUCACAAGUAUAAAAUCUUCUGAGGUGGUAACACAGAUAAAAUCCCAAGGUGUAAAAGCAGUGGACCUCAAUUCUGGACCACAGACACAAAAUAAAAAGCCGUCUGAGUUGGCUCAAGGGAAAAGGCUCCUAGCUAAGGAGUCUGUAGAGUUUAAUCAAGGCCCAAAGUUACAAGGUGUGACAGUGGAGUCCAAGCCCCCAAAUGGGGAAUCAGGGAAGUUAAACUCAGGCCCUCAGUUACAAGAUGAGAAAUAUUCUCAGUCAAUUCUGGGGACAAAGCUUCAAUAUGGAAGACCUAUGGAGGUCAGUCCUGGCCUAUGCUCACAGGGUAUGAAGUCUCCCGAAGUGAUUUCAGAGGACAAACUUCAAAAAGAGAAACCCGUAGGUUUUGUGUAUCAGCCGCUCUGGCAAGAUGUAAAAUCUUUAAAGUGGACAUUUGGUAAGGCACUCGACAGGGAACCUUUGCAGUUGGAAACCGCUCAUUUACAGGACAGGAAAUUAACUAUGUUAACAUCAGAAUUACAUCUUCAAGGUAUGAAACCUGACUCAGUCAACUGUGUAUCAAAGUGGAAAGGUGUGAAAUCUGAGCCCACAUAUAUCUACACAAUGAAGGAUACAGGGAUCAGUCAUGGUGCAGAAUCACAGUUUGUGGGAUUCUCUAAGCAGGCCUCAGACUCAAAGGUUUAUAGAGUGGUGCCUUCUGAACUCAAUGCCAGAAACCAGAAGCGAGAUCGGAAGUCUCACAAAUUAAGUCAAAAGCAACAACUUCAAAAAAUAAAACAGACAGCGUUCAGGGAUGAGCCACAUUUGCAGCAUAUCAAGUCAUCAGAAUUAUGUACAAAGCUUCAAGACCUGAAAUCUAUGGAAUUCAAUUCAGAGCAACAGUUGCAAGAUGUGAUGUCCUCUGAGUUGGGCCUGGGAACAAGUCCUCAGUCUUUAGAGGGCAACCCUGGGCCACAUUUGCAAGAGAUAAUACCUUUUGAGGGGCUCACAGAAUCUCUGAAAUUCAAGUAUAAGCCUAGACUGCAAGGUAGGGCAUCCUGUGACCCGAGUGCAGGGCCACAGAUUCACUGUAAAAAUUUUAUGGCAUCCAACACCAGAACACAAAAUGUAGAAUUGUCUGAGUCGCACCCUGUUCCAGACCUUCAAAGUAUAAAAUCUAAGGUGUUCUGCCUGGGGCAGCACUUGGAAGAUGUGAAUUCUGCAUGCACUCCCAAUGCAAAUUCUCAAUAUAUAAACUCCAGUGGGUGCAAACGUGGGUCAUAUUUGCAAGAUAUAAAUUCCUCUGCAUGCAUUCCAGAGCCAGACCCUCAAUGUACAAAGUCUGGGUGCAAUGCUGGGCCACAUUUGCAUGGAAUGAGUUCUUCUGCAUUCAUUUUAGGACCAAAAUUGCAAUGCGUAGAUUCUACUGGGUGCAUUCAUGAGCCAAACUGGCAAGAUGUAAAUUCUUCUGUAAAUUACACCCCAGGGCCAAGUCCUCAGUGUAUGAGUUCUUCUGUAUGCACCCCAAGACUAAGUCCUCAGUGUGUGAAUUCUUCUGUAUGCACCCCAAGACCAAGUCCUCAGUGUGUGAAUUCUUCUGUAUGCACCCCAGGCCCAAGUCCUCAGUGUGUGAAUUCUUCUGUAUGCACCCCAAGACCAAGUCCUCAGUGUGUGAAUUCUGCAUGCACCCCAGGGACAAGUCCUCAGUGUGUGAAUUCUUCUGUAUGCACCACCCCAGGCCCAAGGCCUCGGUGUGUGAAUUCUUCUGCAUACACCCCAGGGCCAAGUCCUCCAUGUGUAAAUUCCACUGAGUGCCAUCCUGAAGCAUAUACGCAAAGUGUGAAUCAAUGGGCAUCAAUUCUAGGGCCACACAUUCAGUGUGUAGGUUCUACUGGGCGCAAUCCUAAAUCACAUUAUCAAGGUAUGAAUCCUUCCUCACGCACUCCAGGGCAAAACCCUCAGUGUGAACAUUCCAAUAGGUGUAGUCUUGAGCCACUUCUUCUUGGUAUGAAUCAUGGUAGAACAUUUCCAGCACCACAAAUUAUGUGUGUAAAUCCUGUUUGGUGCAAUACCAAAACACAUUUGCAAGAUGUGGAUUCUUCUGCCUGUACUAGAAGACAAGAGUCACAGUCUGUAAAUUCUACUGGAUACAACCCUGGGCCACAUUUACAAGCCCCAAAACUUCAAGGUAUGAAGUUUUCUGAGUCGAACUCAGGGACAGGAAUUCAAAGAGAGAUGCCUAUAAUAGUUAAGAAAGGACAACACGUGCAAGAUUUGAAGCUUGAAUCAACUCCAGGGUCAUCUCACUUAAUGGUAGGGGCAGAGUUUCAAGAGAUCCCAUUUUUGAAGAACCAACUUGGGUCAUGGCAGGAAACUGCACGACCCACAUUUACUUUGAGGCCUCAGUCAAAUGGUGUGAAAUCUGUGGGAGUUUCACCAACCCCACUGUCUGAAGAUAGAAUGUCUCCAGAGAUGAGCAACCAGCCAUUCCUUUGUUUGACAAAAUCUGUAAAAGUGACACCUGGCUGCGGUCUGCAGGACGUGAGAAGUAAGGAAUUUUCACCAGAACCUUGUUUUCAAAAAGUUAAAUCUGUGAAGUUGAAGCCAGGCUCACCGACUCCAAGUGUGAACCCUUUAGAGUUCGCUCCAUGCCACUGUUCUCAACGUGCUAAGAUUUCCUUUGCACCGAAGCCUUGUGUUCAUGAAAGAAAGCCUAUGCAGCUGAGACUAGGCUCCCAACAGCAAAGCAUGGAUUGCCAACAGUUUCCUUUAAAUGAGAAACCAGUGGUAUUGACCCCAGAGUCCACCGGGGACUUCUUAGCAGGACCAGCACUGUCUAGUGUCAAAUUUUCAAAUUUGAUUCCGGAAUCACAGCAACAAUGCAUGAAAUCGACGGAAUUUACUUCAGAGCCGAAGUGGCAAAGUAUAAACCAUGUGAAAUUGUCAUCGGUGUCUCUGCCACAAACUGGAACCUCUAGGGGGUUAUCACCAAGACCAUUCCUUCAAAAUGUGACACCUGGGAACCAAAAUCCCCAAACACGUGAUCAAAUCAUAGAAUCCUCUCAAGUGAUAUACAGACCAGGGCACCAGUUGGAGGACUAUGCUGAGAAGAUGAGGCAUCAAGUCCCUAAAUUCAUGGAUUUUAUUUCAUUACCAGUUUAUCAAGAUGCGGGGUCUUCAGAAAUGACAAAAGGGUUGGGACAUAAAAGCCCAGAAACAACAGAGAAAUCUAUGAGGUUGACCCCCAAACCAACAGAUUAAGGCCUAGAAUCAUUAGGGAUGCCUCAGCAGCUAGAUCUUCAAGGACCAGAAUCUGUUGCUCUGACUCCAACACUAAGUGAUCAAGAUUCAAAGUCCUCAGAACUAACCCCACAGAGAAGCUGCUGGAGCCCAGAAACUCUGCAGUUGCUGCCUUGUUUGUGGCCUCAAUUUAAAGAUUUCAAGGAGUUACCAACAGAACAAGCCACAGAGUCUGAUAGAAUGACCCUCGACCUCAAGAAUCAUGUUGCAGAAGUAAGGAUGCUAACUUGUGAGGUAAGACCAAGGAAAGAAUUUCUUAGUGUGACUUCAAAGCCAGUAAAUAGAGAGACUGGACAUGUAGAAAAAUCUCCAAGGCCGUGUCCUCAAGACUUAGGACCUGUGGUGGUGAGCUCUGGGAAAAGAUCCCAAAGGGAACACUCUGUAGCAUCGCCACCAAGGCCAUCCUAUCACAUUCCAGAUUCUGCUUCAGGGAUAACACCAGGGCAAGAACCUCAGAUUCCUGAAUCUGUAAGUUUGACCUCUAAGCCUUGGCUGCAAAUAGAAGAAUCCUUAGAUUUGUCAACCCAGCAAACGAGUCAAGUUGUCGAAGAUACAGACUGUGAGGAGCUCACUUUUGAGUCAUGGCAACCAGGGGAGGUAGCAAGUAGGCUAACAAAGCCCCAGGGUGCAAGCCUGGGAACUUUAAACAUAACUCCAAUGGAAUCACUGGAUCAAAUGAUAAAUUUUAUAACGAUCAGUCCAAAGCAGCUAGGUCAAGGGACAGAAUCUGCAAAGACACGGCAUCAUGUUUCUCAGUCAGCUGCUCUCCCCAAAGUUUCCGAAUCUGUGGAAGUUAUCCCUGGACCGCCGUUUCAAGUUAUAGAAUCUGUGAUGAUACCAGAGCCAACUUCGUAAGGGUCAAAACAUACUGAUUUGACUCCCAAACUGCACGAUGUGAUAAUGUCAGAAUUUGCUUCAAGCCUUUGUUUACAAAAUGUUCAAUCCAAAAAAUUAAUCUCAGCACCAACACAUCAAAUUUUAGAAACAAUACAGUUGUCAGGCUUUCAAGUUAUAAAGACUAUAUUGGUUCCCAAACCACUGCUUCUGAUUGUAAAAUCUGAAGAGCUGGCUCCAGGACCAAAUCCUCAGGCUAUAGAACCAAUAGGAGUUGCCACAAAAUCUAGCGUUAAAAUAAUGGAUGGUUUGAAUUUACUCCCAAGACCACAUCUUCAAGACAUGGUAAAACCUAUGGAACAAACUCCAAGGGCAAAUAUUCAAGAGAAUUUUGCAGAAUUAAUCUUACAGCAAACAUCUCCACUUGAGGAACCUCCAGUAUUAACUCACGAGCAAAGGCUUCAGGCUGAAAAAUCUCUAGAGAUCAGAACAGAAUCUCCUAAAGUAAUGGAAAUUGAGGUUUUGAAUCAAAGACGGGUGUGUGAGGAUAGAGACUCAGAAAUGAUAACAUCAGAAAAGUUACUAGCACAGAAUUCCUUCUCUAGGUUCAUACUCAGCCCUUCAAUCCCAAUUUUUUCAAUUUCUGUCAAAACAACUGAGUUAGGACCCCUUCAGGGUUCUGGAAUGCCGGAGGUAUCAAGAGCCUUGGCUAUGAAGAACUUUGCUGUUGGUAUUUUGCCGUCUCCAGAGUCCUGUACAGACACUAUUAUGUUCCAUUCAUCAGCCCUUCCCUUGGUUCUUCCCCUGAUAUCGGGAACACUGUGGGAACCCUAUAUCCUGACAUCUGGGAAAUGGAUGUCCUAUCCAAGGAAGCAACUGAAAAGAAACAAAUGGAGGAAUUUGGGAAUUCAUUCCAGAGCUAUUCUCCAGAUCCACUGAGAUUACUACCCUCGGAGUUUCAGGCAGGAUUAGGGGCUCGAAGAAAUUCUAUCCGUUCUUUCCUGGGUAGACAACAGAAUGUCUGGGAAAGUCAUGUCUGUAGGCAGCGACUCCCUAGAAAGUAUCUCUCCAAUAUGCUGAUGCUGGGAAAUGUCCUGGGAACCACUAUGGAAAGGAAGCUUUGUUCUCAGCCGUUUUUAACAGAAGGAGCCACGAUGGAUAUCUGUCAAUUUAUUCAGAGUUUAUUUGGGGUUCCAGCUGAACUGAUGGCAUUUUCCCAGAGCCUACUAGAGAGGGGUCCUAGGACGAUUUCACAGACUUCAGUGGUCAGAAACUAUAUUCAGAGACAUAUUUUAUGCCGUGGUCACGAGAAAAGAAUGCCCUUAAAGAUGUGGACACGUGGAUCCACAUCUUCCAUAUUACAGCCAUACUCCGGUACCAGAUUGGGAAUAAAGAAAACAAACUCAAAACUAAGUGAUAUAUUCCAGGAAGUCACUCAGCAUGUGUCUGUCUCGUGUACCAGGGCCCAGUUUCCUGCCUUAGUGAAGCCGGAGUCUUCUCUCAAGAUACUUUAUAAUAGGGAAGACCCUGUUUCCAGUGACCAGAGUAAAGACUCACAGAGUGAUUCACCAACAAGGACUCUUGACUCUCACCACUCCCUCAAGGCAAGUUGUCUUUUUCAGGCCAAGAGGGAUAUCUCAGAACAGCUCCAUCUGCUAAAAGAUCUACAGCUAAAAAUAGCAGCAAAACUCUUAGAGAGUCAAGUACCCCACAAUGUCCCUCCACCUUUCUCAUCAGGUCUUGUCCUGAAAUAUCCCACCUGCUUGCAGUGUGGCCGAUGUUCAGGAGUUAAUUGCUGUCAUAAGUUACAGCCUGCUUUUGGUCCAUAUCUUCUCGUCUACCCACAGAUCCACCUUUUAAGCACCCCUGAAGGCCAUGCUGAGAUUCGGUUGCAUCUUGGUUUUAGACUGAGAACUGGGAAAAGACCUCAAGUCUCAAAGCAUCGUGGGAGAAAAAGAGCAGAUACAUGGAAGAGCACUACAUCACCAUCACGAAGGAAAGCUAAAAUCUAUCCUCCAGCUUCCAAGAGUCCAACUACUCCAAGAGAUUUCCAGGCCCGAUCUUCCCAGGCUUCUGUACAAGUGCACAUUAGAAAAAAGCAACGGGGCAGCCAUGGGGUGGUCCGCCAGACAGACGCCAAAGACUCUGAGCACCAUGAAUUCCGUCAGGUUCACUCUGUAUCCGAGAGUGGCUUUGAAAGUAAUCAGGAAAAAAAAUGGUCGAAAUCAAGCCUCAAAAAGACCUUUGACUUAAACUAUCCAAUGAAGCAAACCAUGAAGGGACUUAAAACACAAAACACAAAGCUCUACAAAAAUAGUGAAACCCCGGAAGAGAGUCCUUUUAGAAUGAUGUGUCCAUCAAGAAGCAAGAGUAUUGAAACCAUUCAAACAAGCACUGUUUCUUCGAAGACACAACCUAAGAAAUCCUCUCAGCCCAAGUUCAUCCAGCUGCUUUUCCAGGGCCUAAGGCAGGCAUUCCAAAUAGCACAUAGAAUUGUGGCUUAUACUGGACAGAAGCCUGAGGACAGGACAAGGCCAGACAAUUUGAGGUCAACCAAAUACUUGCACCCCAAACAAAAAGCCAAGGGUUAUUGUUUAGCAGGAGAUAGCAAAGGAGCCAGCACACCAGUUGCCCAGCCAAGGUCAGCAGGUGUGAAGCCUAAGCAAGAGGACAGAUUGCAGGGAACAGGUGACCAGUGUAGACAGACUCAACAGCCAAAACAAGUGAGCUCUCUCCAACCCAGACCUUGGCAAUUGGAGACCAUGGCUUCGGAAAGAGAUGCCACUAUCCAUCUCUUUCAAUCCUCCAACCUUUGAGUGCAGUUCAAAAUGUCAACGGCAUUUUGGCAGAGCAAAGAAAAACUAUGGUGAUGAAAUCUCCUAUCUGGAGUCUAAGAACUGUUCUCACGUAGGAGCCAAAUUUCAGGCCCAAGAGAGAAUGGGACCUGACUCCCAUUUGAAGAGAUCCCUGCAGAGUCACUUUAAAGAGACACACACACCCAAGGAAGAACAACAUGGCUUCUUCAGGGAGAGGGCCCUCCAUAGUAAGCCUUUUGAAAGGACCAAUCGCAUCCUUUGGGAGAGAAUUCAUGAAAGUCUCUCUGAAAGGAGAUACCGCAGUCCUUCUCAGAGAAGGCAUAGCAGUCCCUCUGACAGAACCCUUAGACAUCUCUCUGAGAGGAGUCAUUGCAGUCCCUCCCCGAGACAGGAUAGUAGUCCCUCUGUGAGAACCCUUCAAAGUAUCUCUGACUGGAUCCAUUACAGUCUCUUUAAGGGGAUAGGUCGCAUUCCUUCAGGGAGGAGCCGACUCAGUCCUGGGAGACGCCCUAGGAGUCCCUCUAGGAGGUCUCUUAGUCCUAGAGAGAGAAGAGGACGAGAGAGAAGAGGACACAGUCCCUCAAAAAGGUGCCAUCUCAGUCCCAUCCGGAGGACACGGUGCAGUCCUUCAGAAAGGAGCCAUGGUAGUUUCUCUGAGAGGACCCCUUUCAGUCCCUCUGGCAGGAAAAGGCAUAAUUCUUCUGGGAGAGUCCACCACCUUCCCUCAGAGUCCAGGCUAUACAGGUCUUCUUCCAGACUCCACCGCAGUCAUUCUGAGAGAACUCACUACAGUCCCUCUGAGAAUAGACACAGUUAUUCUGAGAGGAGCCGGCAAGGUCACAACGAGGGACUCCAUCACAGUACCAAGGAGAGGCUCAGGGGUAAGGAGAAGCCCGGACAUAGCUAUAAAGAUUCAAGACUUAUAAACUCCUAGGGACUUAUGCCUCCUAGGGACCACACCAAAAAAUCCAAAAGCUGGACAAUUUUGGAGACAUGAAGUUAGUAGAUAAGGAGAGACCUGCCUCUAUUAAUUAUAGCCUGCAAAUCUUCACCUAGCUGCCCUUUCUGCUCAGCCACUGCCUGCACCCUCAGCAAAGAAAGAGCUUUCUGGAGGGGAGUGAGAAUGGGUCUGUUAUUUAAGAUCAAUAAAGGGGCAAUAAUCGAACUCUAUUUGCAUCCAUAAGAUCACUUGUGGGGUGGGUGGGACUAGGUGUGCAAACUGCCGGAACCCAAGGGUUGGGGUUCAGGAGGACCCCUCACUUAAAUCUUCAGACUCCGCCCACUUGCUCCAACCCUCAGGCCCAGUGGCCUCCCUAAUCCUCCUGCCGCCAUGAGGGCAGGGUCUCAAAAGCAUCAGGAGACGAGUCGUCAUGUGACUUUCCCCGCUCCAGCGCCCUUGGAAGCUGCUAGGUGGAAGGAGAUGUUCAGAACAGGGCUAGUCGCCUAGGAGACCACAUCCGGGAGAGGCGAGGAGAGCGGAAGUGGCGUUGGUCUGGCCGGAGCCCUUGGGUGAAAUUGUUAGGCGUGGAGGGAGAGUGAUGUCUUCCAGACUCAGUGCAGUCACCGCCGUGAGUUUCUUGGUGUGACCAUUAUACUUUAGAGAUAGAACUGUCGAGCCGAGAACACCAGGGCCCUUGCUUUUGUCCCGAACUCGGAGUUGGUUUUAUCAGAGCACAUCGUAGGCCCCACUCUUUUAUAUCAGAGCCACUUGCCCCCCUUUCUCUCCCAUUUUUAGUUUUGCCUGUUCCCCAUGUCCUCGGACUCAGUUCCUCGACAGAUUGUAAUUAGUUACCUUCCUUCAGCAUCCCCAGUGCCUCCCGGUUCCUUUUUUUCUUAUUUUUUCCUCCGUCUCCUUUUUCGAUCCUUCCUCUAGGACAGGGCUUUGAGAAUGGGCAAAGACGAAAGCUCCGGUAUUGUCAGCCCGCCUUCACACUGUAGAAAAAUAGGAUGGCACACGUUUCCUAAGAAGUGUCACCCACCUUCCUUCCAUUUGAAGGCACAAGGGGGAGUCAUCUCUUUGUGGAUGAGGUUCCAAGGUCCCUGGCACUCACUCGUGUGCUUGUGAUUUGCUAGACCCCGGGACCCACAGCCUUUAAGCCACAGAGGAGCACCAGGAUCGUGGGAGCUAAGAAAUUCAAACUGUUUGCCUGGGCCUGUGGACUACAGCCUAUUGGACAUUCCCAUGCAGUCAGACAGGCCAUUUCUGUGUGUGGUCACUGUUGGUGACAGGAGCAUAAAUAAUACAAAGAACAUAUCUCUGUACCUGAAGAUUUCUCAUGCUGAAGCUUCCUGUGGGUUAAAAUUUCAAGAACAAAAUUGUGGAGUCAAAGGGAAUAAACAUUUUAGGACUCCAGUGAGUUAGAUAUACUCCAAAAGGGCGCAGUAGGUGAGAUGCCCACCAGGAGUACAUAGAGAUACUCAUUUUACCAUAUAAAAGGGCAGUAGGUUAGACACCCACCAGGAGUACAUGGAGAUACUCAUUUUACCAUAUAAAAGGGCAGUAGGUUAGACACCCACCAGGAGUAUGUGGAUAUAUUCAUUUUAUUCUGUAUUACCAUCACUGGAUGAAAAUCUCUGAAAACUGUUCUACAAAAGGUAUUUUUUAACGGUAUCAUUGAAAUUAAACCUCACCAUUUCCUUAAA